AUGGCCGCUAACCUGUCCACCCUCACCGGCGCAAGAAUCGCCAUUGUACUGGAGGCUGAAAACGGGAAAAUGUCCGGUUUCAGCGCUCCAUCGUUCGGCCCCAUCAUGGAUUCUUUCCUUUCAGGGGAGGAGGGUGGUGCACCGGAGGGUCCCGACGAGCAAGAAAAGGAGAUGAUCGCCGAGCUGCAAAACGAGAUAAUGCAGCUAGAGGAGAGCAAGGCCAUGCGGGAGCAGAGAGCCGCGGAGUCUCUGGCACGCGUACAACAACCACUAAGACGUUUGCCAUGGGUUUCCUCACAGUCACAACCAUCCUUGCCGGCUUUAAGAUCAUCGCACACUCUUCCGCAGUCGAUAAGGCCACAGGUCUCUGUUACGAGUCCACCUGUGCAGCCAUCAUCUCUACAAGCCAUAUCGAGGAUGAUGCUUCGACACACUCAGUUGUCACAACGCCCAGCUUCCUUGAUGGUGCGACCACAAGCACCUGUGAUGAUGCCCCUACCUAAUGAAGCCCACCAGUACAACUAUCAGAGCCUAGCGGUGGACAUCACUAGUAACACCUCCGGACAUUUCUCGCAAACUUCUAUGCUAUCUUCACUACCACCACCACCACCACCACCACCACCACCACUGCCCACAUCAGCACUACAAAUUCCCUCACAACGAUCUGUAGAAGUUGAGAUUCCUUUCGAAGCACUAAAUUUAAAUCCAGAUGUGCCGUCACAGAAUCAUGCAAAUCCUCACUCAAUCUUAGAACAUAAUAAUGACGAAGUUUCACAUUUCUUUGGCGGCAUUGGUGGGACCACACCCACUCACUCGUUUACUGGCAACGAGCAACCUUCACUUAUUCCUUGUGGUGCUAAUGGAGGCCACCAUGCUCCUGGUUGCCACAACGUUCCCUGUCCUUCUGGCUCGAAUGGAGAAACUUAUCAGUGGCUCAGCAAGACCUUAUUAGAGUCUUCUUCCGAAGGAGGAAGUUCUAUUGAUGAUGAUGGUGCUGGAGAUAGUCUUGGUAAUAUGGAUUGGUUUGGUGAUGAUAAUUGA